AUGCUGUGCGCGUCAGUCGCAUCAGCAGGUCGUCACAGCAGCCACAUGCUGCCUAAUCUCACCGGACCUCCCGCAAUUUCGUGGCUUCGAAUUUCCCGGCCAUCAGAUCGCAAACCUAAAUUAAUCUCCUCGGUCUCGGGCCCGUUCCAGCCGUUCGGCGGCGCCGUGGACAUCAUAGUGGUGCAGCAGCCGGACGGCUCUCUCAAGAGCUCGCCGUGGUACGUGCGGUUCGGCAACUUCCAGGGCGUGCUGAAGCGGCGCGAGCGCGUGGUGUCGAUCAUCGUGAACGAGGUGGAGGUGGACCUGCACAUGUUCCUCGACACCAACGGCGAGGCCUUCUUCCUCCGCCACAACCCCUCCGACGCUGGUAGCGCCGACGACGACGAGGAGGAGGAGGACGGGGAGGAAGAGGAGGAGGAGGACGGGGAGGAAGAGGAGGAGGAGGACGAGGAAGAAGAUGAGGGGGAGGAGGGAAGUGCGGGGUCAGAAGGCGGCGAGGAGGAGGAGAUGGAGAUGGAAGGGCAGGGGCAGAGCGAGCCGCAGCAGCGCAAGGGAGCAGCCACAGCGGACACAACGGGGUUGACGGGGAAGAAAAAGGCGAAGGCGAAGGGGACGGGGGGGCGGCGGAAGGGCGCGGGCGCGGGCGGGAGGUUGAAGGUGGACGUGCGGGAGAUCGAGCUGCUGGAGCAGGAGGAGCUGGCGAUGGCGCGCGCGGCGGGCGUGGAGCCGGAGCUGCUCAAGAUGAUGGCGGAGGCCAACCGCAAGAUCCUCACCGACGCCAAGUCGCCCUACCGCGUCGUGCGCUCGGGGAAAAAGUCGGGCGGGUUUAAGGCUGGUGCCGCUGGUGCUGCAGGGGGUAAUCGUGAUGGUAGCCCCGGCGGCAGUCGCGCGCUGUCGCACACGCUGUCGGAGCCAGAGCACCCGUCGUCCACGGGGUCGCUGCCGUCGCUGGGUCGCACGCGGGACGGUGCGUCGCUGUCGCGGCAGCUGUUUCGAAGCCACUCGCAGUCUGACUUGAUCGACACACCGGAACCCGCUGCCUCUUCCGCCGUGCCACGGGGGGACGGCGACGGGCCUCAAGCUACAGGGCUUGCAGGGAGCGAGCGAGGGGGCGAUGGCGACGACGCGAGCUCGUCGCAGGUGUUGUCGCAGCUGGCGGCGUCGCACGUAGACCCGUCGCUCAACGUGACCCCGCCUCGGCCCCGUGCGGGCGCGUUACCUGCGGGUGCCGCGAGCGCGCUUGCGUCGGUGGGCGGCGGGGUGUCACCCGUGCCGGGCUCACUCAGCCGCUCGCGAUUGAAGCAAUCGCGUAGUGCGGGUAGCAGCAACGAGUUGGCUGAUCCGAUGCUGGAGGGAGGGAGAGCAGCAGCAGCGAGCAGCGCGUCGGACCUAGCGCUGGGAAUCAACGCCACUGCAGCGCAGCUCGCGUCUGCCACGCAAGCAGCCGUUUCGUCGGGCGCGGGCAAGAGCGUGCGCAGCAUGGGCGCAAGCGCGAGCGCGACGUUCGUGGGCAUGGUGGCGAGCAGCAGCGCGGGGUCGCUCGCAGAUCACUCCGACCUCGACCUCCCGCUCCCCCCGCCCGCUCUUGCCCCCGCCUCCGCGCCCGCGUCCGUGUCCUCCUCUACGCAAGACCUCGCGCUAGUCGUUGCGCGCGCGGGGAGCGCGGGGUCAGGCGCUGGCGCUGUCCCAGCGCAGAAGGGCGCGGGGGAGAGUGGGGGGACCGCGGGAGAGGAGAAUGAGGGAGAGAGCGAGGGGAGGGAUGAAGCGGAUACGGAUCCAGUGCUGAGAGAGGGGCGGGAGAGAGAGAAGCGGUGGCGGCAGGUAGUGACGCAGGCAGCGGAGGUAAUUAAGGAUGCGCCAUGGGCGUGCGAGGGCGAGUACGCGGACAUGCAGAGGCGCAAGGAGGAGAGCGCGCGGCAGCAGGGCGCAGCGGCGGGGGGCAGGCGCAGCUGGAGCUGGUUCAGCUGGCGGUCCAGGCAGCACAAGGCCGCUGCCGCGGCUGCUGCUGCCGCUAGUGAUGGUGGCUCGGGCGCAGGGGAGGGCGGGGCAGGUGGGGGGAAGGGCGAGGAUGGGGCGAGUGGGGACGCAGGGAGAGGCGGAGGAGACGUGGGUACGCGACAGAGAGCGGGGCGGACUCGGGUGGUGGAGUUUGAAAUAGGGGAUGGGGAGGGCAGUGGUGAGGCGGGGGGGAAGGGAGGGGAGGACAAGAGGCGGGAUAGAGGUGAGAGGAGCAGUGGAGGGGACGGUGUCAGGGAGAAGGGCGCAGGGACGAGGGCGAGUGGGAGGGAGCAGGCGGAAGAGGAGGAGAGAGGCGGGCAUGAGGGUGAUGGGCGGGGGAGCGCGGGGCAGGGCGGGGAGGCGGCAUCAGCGGAGCUGAUAGAGGAGCUGUUCGAGCGCAAGUGGGCGGAGGAGUCCCAGCUCAGACGCCGCAAGGGCGGGCAGGGGGGCGCCAGCAGGGCGUCCGGGGUAGGCGCAGGGGGGCAGGAGAGGGGGGCGAAGGGGGAGGACGGAGAGGAGGAGAGUGGGGAGGAGGAGGGGGGAGGGGAGGAGGGGCGGAGGGUGUCGUUUGCGUCGGUGGAGCGCGGUGGCAGUGGGUCAUCGUCUUCUGCCAGCCUGCACAGCCUGUCGCCCGUGGAGCUCUCCCGCACCAACAGCUCCGACGCCCAUGCCCUGCCCGCCCAUGCUGCUCAUGCUGAUGAUACUGCUGCGGGUGCAGGUGCUGCAGCAGAGAGAGGUGCGGAUGAAAGGGGAGGGCAGGCAGAUGGAGAAGGGGCGGAGGAGGGCGAGGGUGGCAAGAGGGAUGCGUGGAGGCGAGCGCUGUCGGAGAACCAGCGGUUCUACUCCUUCAAGCAGUCGCCCUCUCUCUCGGGCGCCGCUGUGGAGGGAACUGGCGAUAGGGAGGACGCACAGGUGGGGCGAGAUGAGGCAGACAGAGAGGAGGCAGAGCAGACACGGGGAGAGCAGGAGACGGAGAAGGAGGAGGAUGUUGCGAGAGAAGUAGGGGAGCAAAGAGAAAAGGUCGAAGCAGAGGUGACACCAGCAGUGGAGGUGGCCAAUGGCACGGUGACACGUGUCUGUGUGGAGCCUGGUGAAGUGGACGGCAUGGAUGGGAGAGAGAGUGGACACUCCUCACAGCUGCUGCUGGCCCCUAUCUCCCAUGGUGACAGUAACGAGCGUGGCGGCCAUGCCAGUGAGUGUGACAGUAUUGACCGUGAUGGUAAGGAGGGGCAUGAGGGGCAUGGUGAGGGCGUGGAGUGCGAAGGGAAGGGGUUGGUGCAAGGGGAAGGGAGGAAUGGGGAGUUGAAGGAAGGGGAUGAGGCUGAGGUGGAGGAGAGAGAGGAGGACGGUGAGGAGGAGGGCGCAGGGAGUGGAAAGUCAGUGGUAGGGGGCAAGAAGAAGAGGAGGAAAAGAAGAGGAAAGAAAGGAAAGGGGGAGAAGGAGGAGGAGAGCAUGGGGGAGAGAAGUACGGAAGAGGAGGAGUGUGAAAAGGUAGGUGAGGCAGGUGAAGGUAGUAGUGGUGGUGGGGCAGAGAGCAGGGAAGGUGUGAGCAGUGCAGAGGCGGGUGAGGCACACGAGAUAGGCGAGCAAGUGGAGGGCCGUGAUACAGGGAGCGGUGAAGUUGUGGGUGAGGGAGAAAGGGGGGAGGAGGGAGUCGCAGGUGCGGCUGUGGAUGUUCGUGCGGCAGGUAGCGGUGCGAGCGAUGGCGCUGGUGAUGGGGAAGUGGCAGGGACUGGAAGCAAGGUGCAGGAGAGAGCGAGGGAGGUGCAGGAGGAGGGGUUACAGGAGGGGUCUGGCGAGGGGGACAGUGGAGGGAGUGACGAGCAUGGUGGGGGUGUGAAGGCGCGCAGAGAAGAGGGCGAGAUGGGCGCGGGGGAGAGCGGUCCCGAAACAGUGGGAAGUUCUUAUAAGGGCGUGGUGGUGGAGGGGCGGGAUGACAGUGCCCGUGCAUGCGACAGCAGUGCGGGGCCGGGCGCUGGUGCAGUGGGAGGUGCACUGGUGAGCGAGGGGUGCGUGGAGAAGGGUGGGAAAGAGGGAGGAAAGGAGGAGAAUGCGAAGGGGGAUGGGGAGGAGGAAAGUGCGGAGGUGGGGGGUGGGGAAGAGAGUGCGAAGGAGGAAGGUGCGAAGGAGGAAGGUGCGAAGGAGGAAGGUGCGAAGGAGGAAGGUGUGAAGGAGGAAGGUGUGAAGGAGGAAGGUGUGAAGGAGGAAGGUGUGAAGGAGGAAGGUGUGAAGGAGGAAGGUGUGAAGGAGGAAGGUGUGAAGGAGGAAGGUUUGGAGGAGGGCACUCGUUUGACAGAGGGUGAGGAGCACGGGGAGGGACAUGUGAGUGAUAUGCAUGAGAAGGCAUUUGAGGAUGGAGUGCUGGCAGUGUGCCGGCACCUGCUGUUCCCCAAGAUGGGCAGCGAUGCUGCGGCCACGGUGUUCAACGCGGCCAAGAUCACGUGGCACCAGUUCCGCUGCAACGCGCCCUCCAUCCUCUCCAACGACCGCCUCGUUGUGAGGGUGGGUGACAGGCUGGCGCCUGUGGCCAUUCGGGGGAGGCGCGGAGGGGCGGGGGCGGCGGUGGGAGCAGCAGGGAUGGCAGCGAAGGUGAUGAGUGGAGGGGCGGUGCAGGCAGACGUGAUGCUGGCAGCGGCUGCUGCAGCCAACGUGGCCAUCCACAUGGAGAGAAACAAGGGCGGAGGGGGCGGUGGCGCUGCUUCCGCCGCCGCAGCCGCCGCUGCGGUGCGGUUUGCGCAGCCGGGGCUGCUGCGGGGGGGCCAGCAGGCGCAGCUGCUGCUGCGGGAGCGCGAGAACGAGUUCUACGAGCGCGCCACUCACGUGCGGUCGCUGACUCCCACGUCGGAGCAGCUCAAGGCGCUGGGGCUGAAGGAGGGCAAGAACCGCGUGCAGCUGACGUUCACGACGCGCAUGUGGGGGCGGCAGGAGGUGCAGUGCUCGCUGUUCGUGUGGCGGUGGAACACUCGCGUGGUCAUCAGCGACGUCGACGGCACCAUCACCAAGUCGGACGUGUUGGGGCAGGUGAUGCCGCUCAUGGGCGCGGACUGGACGCAGAUCGGCGUCGCCAGGCUCUUCACCGCCAUCCGCGCCAAUGGCUACGAGCUGUUGUUUCUCAGCGCCAGGGCCAUCCAGCAGGCCGCGCUCACUCGCUCCUUCCUCUUCUCCCUGCGUCAGGACGGGGAGUUUUCAUUGCCGGAGGGCCCCGUGGUCAUCUCACCGGACGGGCUCUUUCCCUCGCUCUACCGUGAAGUCAUUCGCAGGGCCCCUCACGAGUUCAAAAUCGCAUGCCUCUCCGACAUCCGAGCGCUGUUCCCGGCGGAGGUGAAUCCGUUCUACGCGGGGUUUGGCAACCGCGACACGGACGCUGUGUCGUACGAGGCCAUGGGCAUCGCGCGCGGCAAGAUCUUCACUAUCAACCCCAAGGGCGAGGUGACGGUGAACAAGGUGCUGAGUGCCAAGUCGUACGUGUCCCUGCACGACCUCGUGCACGACAUCUUCCCCGCCUUCGCCCUCACCACGCCCCAAGGCCCCGAACCCUCAUUGACGAGGACCUCCCGGAACUCCUCCCCAAGCGCGCUGCCUCUCGCCGCCGCUGACCACCACUCCACGGUGACUCUCACACGCGUGCCGCCCACUGCCCAGCCCAUCCGUUGCCAAUUGCAUUGA